AUGCGGGACCCCACCUUAAUCGAGCAGCGCUCUGCGAACGACCUGCGAGUCAAACCUCCACACGGCAGACAAACUCGAGUUGCGCUGGGGCUGGACACAAACGGCGGGGAUCGCCAGACAAAUGGUUACGUUCACCAAUCGACUUCAGGUGAGAACGGGGACUUUCAACUCGUCUACAGAAGAGAUGUCUAUGGAGAUCGUCAGAAUGGAGUGUCUCAAGAUGCCGGGGAGCCGGCUCAGGCUUUACACAUAUCCACAGCCGGACGUCCACAGGCUUUGCAACGCGCUAGAAGUGACUUUGGCCCCAGACAUCGUGGUGAAAUGAAUGCUGCGGUGGUUGAAGAAGACUUGUGGAGAAUGAGGCAUGGUUGGGAGGAUGAGUACACUUCCAACGAAUAUCUUGCGCUUUUGAAUUCUACUUUCUACAUGUACUAUACCGAUAAACGACACGACACAAGCGGACUGCCCAAGGCAGGCUCCGGCCCUAACUCAGACUGGCGCAUGAAAGAUCGCUUAAAGACGGUGUCUGCAGCACUUGCAAUCUGCCUUAACUUAGGUGUUGAUCCCCCAGACGUGGUCAAGACAAACCCAACUGCCAAGCUGGAAUCAUGGGUAGAUCCUACAGCAACCACAGGAGGACAGACGAAGACAAUGGAACAGAUCGGCAAGAAGCUUCAAGAGCAGUAUGAGACGCUUAGUCUUCGAACUCGAUACAAGCAAUAUCUUGACCCGUCCGUGGAAGAGACGAAACGGUUUUGCAUCUCCUCACGCCGAAAUGCCAAAGACGAAAGGGUACUGUUUCACUACAACGGUCAUGGUGUUCCACUCCCCACCGCUUCAGGAGAGCUCUGGGUCUUCAACAAGAAUUAUACCCAAUACAUUCCGGUGUCACUCUACGACCUCCAAGCUUGGCUUGCAGGCCCAAGUCUUUUUGUCUAUGACGUCUCACAUGCCGGGAACAUAAUCCACAACUUUCCUGCCUUUGUCGAAAAGCACGAGAAAGAAAACGCUGAACUCCUCAGACGAGAUCCGAAUGCACAGGUUCAAAGCUAUAGUGACUGCAUACAGCUCGCAGCGUGCGGAAGAAAUGAAACUCUACCUACCAAUCCAAGCCUCCCUGCUGAUUUGUUCACUUGUUGCUUAACUACACCGAUAGAUAUUGCUCUUAGGUUCUUUGCCCUGCAGAAUCCGCUUCCUUCCCCUAUCAAGAUCGAUGAUGGGAAGAUCCCCGUUCCCGGACGCUUGCAGGAUCGAAGAAGUCCACUCGGGGAGCUGAAUUGGAUAUUCACUGCCAUAACAGACACGAUCGCCUGGAACAUACUGCCUCGACCACUUUUCAAGAAACUCUUCCGCCAAGAUCUCAUGGUGGCCGCUCUGUUCCGAAAUUUUUUACUAAGUGAACGAAUCAUGAGAGCAAACCAUUGCCACCCUCUAUCCUCUCCUGCACUCCCAGAAACGCAUCAUCAUCCACUAUGGCAAAGCUGGGACUUGGCAAUUGACAUGGUUCUUUCCCAGCUUCCGGCAUUGUUGGAGCCUGAAGAAGAAGGUGUACGACCGUACGAGUAUCAGAAUUCUAACUUUUUUGCCGAACAAUUACAAGCAUUCGAGGUCUAUUUGUCUUCAGGACCAACAGAGAAUCAUGCUCCAGAUCAAUUACCAAUUGUUUUACAAGUCCUCCUGAGCCAAGCUCAUCGGUUACGAGCUUUGGUUCUCCUCAGCAGAUUUCUCGACCUGGGCCCCUGGGCUGUGCAUCUUGCCCUGAGCAUUGGGAUCUUUCCCUACGUGGUCAAGCUUCUUCAAUCUGCUGCCGCUGAACUCAAACCAGUCAUGGUGUUUAUCUGGGCUCGAAUUAUGGCGGUGGAUUACACCGUGCAAAGCGACCUAUUGAAGGACAAUGGUAUACAGUAUUUCAUUUCUAUCCUGGAUCCUAACUCCCAAAUACCUAUCGGCAACGCUAGUGAGCACAGGGCUAUGUGUGCAUUUAUUAUAGCAAUAUUUUGCAAGAAUUAUCCUCAAGGUCAGACAAUGUGCCUUGCACCGCAUGGUCCAAACACGAUCAAUGUGUUCGAUGCUUGCUUGAGAAAUGUUAACGAUGGCGAGAAUCCGUUGCUCAGGCAGUGGUCCUGCCUUUGUCUCAGCAUGCUAUGGUACAAUUACUCCGAUGCCAAAUGGAUGGGUAUUCGAUGUUCUGCACACCUCAGACUCUGCGACCUAUCACUUGAUCCUGUGCCGGAAGUGCGAGCUUCCAUGCUCCACGCUCUGACGAGUUUUCUUGGUAUACCCGAUUUGACCGAUCAGGUCGCGCAGAUUGAGGGAGGGAUUGCGAGUUCUGUUUUGUUCAUGGCGUCUGAUGGAAGUGUUCUUGUAAGAAAAGAACUUCUGAUCUUCUUUUCCUAUUUCAUAAAGAGAUACGAGAACAAAUUUACAGUCACAGCGUAUGAACAUCUCCUUGAAGAGAAAGAAAUUCUGCUGGAGAAAUCCGACCCUGAAUCGCGCCAAUCACCACAACUUCAAUCCCUCUCUCAUGAAACCAUUUAUGGUUCAAUUUGGAAGAACAUUCUGAUGUUAUCAAUGGAUCCGCAUCCUGAAAUUGCUCGGAACGCCUCACUCAUCAUCGAUUACGUUCAUGAAACGUUAAUUCGCUCGCCGAUGGGUUCGAUGGCGCGAUCAGCUAUGGCUGAUAUUCUUCGCUUGUCCAAGUCCAUGGUGGGUAAGAAGGUCCCUGAUGAACCGUUGACUCCUGUUUUGCAGACUGUUCCUCCCACACCAACCGCAGAGGCGCCCAAGAAGAAUGAAGGCUACUUUUCACUCAGUCUACGCCGAACUGCAAGUGUUGCGGCAUCGAUUAAGUAUCUGGCAUUUGGAGGAUCCCAUCACGCCCACGAUGCCUCUGACGCGAAGAGGUCGAAUGUUCCCCCAACCCCAGCACAGAAGCCUCAACAUCCUCCCAAGCCACUCAACACCCCACGCGCUCGCCAACCUGUUGAAUGGAGUCGACCGCCCGAGAUGAACGACCCAGCAAUUUCCCUAAGUGCCUACCAAAAAGCUGUUGUCCCGAAGGCAGCCGGCUACAACCCAGCCGCUAGUCCCCGAAGCCCGAGCAUCCCGCUCAAAAGCACGUUGCUGGACUGGUCCACCGAGGUAAUGAUCACCUUCGCUUUUGACACCCAAUUUGAGAAUCUCCUCGAUGAGGAGCCCUUGCUGGAAGAAGAUGUGCUUACUCAGCGUGACCCACAGUAUUUUCGCGAACCGCAGAUGAAGCCCAACGAACCCGAUGAACCGGGGUCUGCGGACUACAAUUCCCGAUUGUGGAGACGGACCCGUAAUGAGAGGAUCAUUGCCGAGAACCAGCCCCUGAAGGAGAAGGCCGGAACGAGUAGAUGGGAGAGGUUGGAGGCGUUACUGAAUAAUCAGAGCCAGCCGAUGCGGCUCAGAUUUCAUCAGUUCGAGGAUCAUCUAGCGGUUGCGGAUGAGAGGGAUGGUAUCUGUAUAUGGGACUUCACCACCUCCCACCGCCUCAAUCGCUUCUCAAACGGCAACCCCCUCCCCGGGACCCGCAUCAACGAGCUCCGCUUCAUCAACGAAGAUGACCAAGCCCUGUUGAUGACCGGCUCCUCCGACGGCAUCCUCCGUCUCUUCCGGAACUAUGAAUCGCCUCAAAACAUAGAACUAGUGACAGCAUUCCGCGGCCUCACCGAACUCAUUCCCUCGAACCGUAACGCCGGGUUAGUGUUUGACUGGCAGCAAGGCCAAGGCAAAGCAUUAGUGGCGGGCGACGUAAAGGUGAUCAAGGUGUGGAACGCAGCGACGGAAGUCUGCACCGCCGACAUCCCGGCACGAAGCAGUAGCUGCGUGACCAACUUGACGGGCGAUCAGGUCGCAGGCCAGAUCUUCGUUGCGGGUUUUGGCGACGGCGCGGUCAGGGUGUUUGAUCAGAGAUUGAAUGUUCGCAGCGCCUGCGUCAGGGUGUGGAGGGAGCAUACCCAGUGGGUCGUUGGCGUGCACAUGCAGAGGGGUGGAGUUCGAGAGUUGGUCAGUGCGAGCAGGAACGGGGAGGUCCGGCUCUGGGAUCUCCGGAACGAGGCCAGUAUCGCUGCCUAUGAUGUCGUCAAGCCUAGCAAUCCUGCCGCAACUUUCACGCCUGGCGAAGUCGGUGCUGGAGGUGGGAGUGGAAGUGCUGGCGCCGGCCCGAGCGCGAGUACGAAACUCAAACCCAUGACCCUCCGCACCCUCAGCGUGCAUGAACACGCCCCCGUCUUCGCCGUCGGCACCGAUCGGCACGAGGUCCGCAGUUUCAACAUGAGCGGCCAGUUCCUCGGCCAUUAUGAUGUUGGCAUCGCGGGCGCGGGUGGUGGUGGGUGGGGCAGAGGCGUGGUCGGGGUCGGGAGUGGCGUCGCAGCUGGAAUGGGUGGUGCUGGUUCUGGAAGCAGGGCCGCGCCCGUCGUGGCGACGGCUUAUCAUCCCCAUCGGAUGGUUCUUGCCACCGCUGGGUUGGGGGAUGGGCAUGUUAGUUUGUUGGGGAUUUGA